CACUGUCAAUGAUACGAAUGAGGUUAAUGAUGAUUGUUGAAAUUGCAGGAGUUCGUCAGAUAUCCAACACUUUGUUGUUUACGAAUACUUUUUGAAACAAGCAAAAAAACAUUGACCAAUUUUGAAUUUUCGUAUUAUUUAAAAUUUAAAUUUAAAUCAAACAAAAAUUCGAAAUUUCGUUCGUCAAUCCCCCUCUCCUCCCGUACCCACACAAAACGAAUGUUGCCGAUUCUCCUAUCCGACGGCAUGGCAAAUCAGCUGAUUUUGUUUACUCGCAAGUUCAUUAGCAACACACAAGCAUCUGUUCGUGAUAGCAUGUUCACGUGUACUUUGUGAGUAAUAAUUCUUUACUUGAUUGUGUAUUGUUAUGUGGCGUUGUUAGUGAUUUUCUCAUUAUGUAGACCAAACGGCAAAUCAAUCGCGUUAUAAAUCGUAAUUCGGUUAUUCGGGUUUUAAUUGAUAAUUAGUGGAAGAGAUAUCAAUGUGAACCAUCUUCGAGGACAAAAAAUGAAACAUCAUAUGCGAGAUCGUUUAAUGGCUCCUCGAGGAUUGAAACAAUUCUGGUACAUACUUUUACCACCUACAAUGAUUAUAUCCCUGAUCGUAGUUACCGGUUCGAAGGGAUAUCUGCUGGAUAAGAAAACACCCUCGCAUACGUAUGCUCCGUCAGUCUGCGACGUUAGUGGUAGUUUAAUCAGCAACUCGGAGAUAAAUUCUUCGUUACGAGCAAAACUGUUGACACCAUACAGCUGCGGAUUUGGUACAAUCGGACCAACAGCAACGGCUUCACCAUUUUGGCUAGCUACUUGAGAAGGACACGUGUACUUCUUCCAGGAUAUGAACGCGUGCCACUCAACUUAUGUAUCAGCAGAAUGACGUGUUGAAUAAAUUCAAUUGUUGCGGAGUCAAUUCUUACGAAGACUGGAUCCACGAACACAAUGCUGUACCAAGAAGCUGCUGUGCCCAUAUGAAAUUCUGCAGUUUGCCCGUUGUCAAGCAGAAAAUCGGCUGUUACGAGGCUGUCAAAAUGGACGUUUUCAGCAAUUGGAACGCUAUGAUUAUGUUCAUGUUAAUUUUCAUUUGUAUCAAGGUAAAGCAACUGUACCCUUAUUUAUUCAUCGUUGUUAUUUGGAAAAGAAAACCCCAUCCGAUGCUUUUGGAUUUCUAGUUAACUAUGUUAAUCAUGUACAAAUGCAGCGAAAUUGCACGUUCUGCUCAAAUCGAGAUUGAAUCGAGGAAAGAUGAAAAUAUCUUUGACAAUUAGGUGAAAAAAAUGAGCAAAUAUUGGCUUCAUUAUUGUUUAAUGAAUAAAAAAGUAUAAAAACUGUU